CGGGGCCGGGUGCGGGCAGAGCCGCGUUCUCGCUUCAACAGUGCUUGAACGGAACCGGCCCGCUCCCGCCCCGCCGUCCUUCCGUCCCUCCGUCCGCCUGUCCAUCCCGCCGCUGCGUCCGUCCGUCCGUCCGUCCGCCGACAUGGAGUCCCAGAUCCGCCAGAACUACCACCGCGACUGCGAGGCCGCCGUCAACCGCAUGGCCAACAUGGAGCUCCACGCCUCCUACGUCUACCUCUCCAUGGCUUUCUACUUCGAGCGGGACGACGUGGCGCUGCCCCGGCUGGGGCACUUCUUCCUGAAGCAGUCACACGAGGAGCGGGAACACGCCGAGGGGCUGCUGCGCUUCCAGACCCGCCGCGGCGGCCGUGUGCUGCUGAAUGAUGUCAAGAAGCCGGAGCGUGACGCCUGGGGCUCAGCGUUGGAGGCGGUGGAGGCGGCGCUGCAGCUGGAGAAGUCGGUGAACCAGGCGCUGCUGGACCUGCACCGCCUGGCCUCCGAGAAGGGGGACCCCCAUCUCUGCGACUUCCUCGAGUCCCACUACCUGGAUGAGCAGGUGAAGGCCAUCAAGGUGCUGGGAGACCACAUCACCAACCUGCGGCGCCUGGCUAGGGGUGCUGGGGAGCCGGGAGGGGCCCCGAGCGGCCUCGGCGAGUACCUCUUUGACCGCCUCAGCCUGGAGGAGCGCAGCUGAACCCCCACCGCGGGUGGCACUCUGGGACCCCACUCCCAGGACUCCCCUCAGACCCUGUAACUCCCCUGCCCCAGCCAAGGGGGCUCGCCUGCUGGGGGUCUGCCCCCCAGCAUGACUCCAAUAAAGGGUCUGCCCUUGCA